AGCCUAAGAGGCUAGAUUGGUUGUGAGAUUUAAAAUUAGCUAUAGUUGGCCUGGACAGGAACCGACUAGGGUAUGGACCUUCCCUUCUCUCUCCUAACUUCUCCCAAUCUCUCUUUUCCGUUUCCUUCUCUCUCCCUUCUGCAUCUGGAUUCGAUGUUAGAUUAAGUUUCGAUCGGCGAUGGAGGCCCAAUGGGUCGGGGAGUACCGGCACGUGGCCAUGGACAAGCGUCCCAGGAAGAGGCCGCGGCUCACCUGGGACGUGCCCCCUCCUCUCGCUCCUCCCAGGGUCAUUCCAACAAUAUAUCAUGGACAGGAAGUUCUGUAUGGGGCUAGCACAAACCAUUUGUUGCACUCAUAUUACUCCACUGCAGUUCCUCGCCCGGUAUCUCCUCCAUGGAGAUUGGAUGACAAGGAUGGCCAUUAUGUUUUUGCAAUUGGCGAUACUCUGACCCCGAGAUAUAGGAUACUCAACAAAAUGGGUGAAGGAACAUUUGGACAAGUUGUGGAAUGCUUGGACUUGGAAAGGACAGAAGCAGUGGCUAUCAAAAUUGUGCGUUCACUUCGAAAAUAUCGGGAAGCUGCAAUGAUCGAAAUUGAUGUGCUUCAGAGGCUUGCAAAAGCUGACAUCAGUGGUACACGCUGUGUGCAAUUACGGAAUUGGUUUGACUAUCGUAAUCAUAUAUGUAUUGUCUUUGAGAAGCUUGGACCAAGCUUAUAUGAUUUUCUCCGGAGGAACAGCUAUCGUUCAUUUCCCAUUGACCUGGUCCAGGAGUUUGGCAGACAACUUUUGGAGUCUGUAGCAUUUAUGCAUGACUUACGGCUUAUUCACACUGAUCUGAAGCCUGAGAAUAUCCUUCUUGUGUCGUCAGAGUAUAUUAAGGUCCCUGAUUAUAAGUUUCUGACACGAUCAGCUAAGGAUGGCUCAUUUUUUAAGAAUCUGCCAAAGUCUAGUGCCAUCAAGCUUAUUGACUUUGGGAGUACAACAUUUGAACAUCAAGAUCAUAACUAUGUGGUGUCAACAAGGCAUUAUCGUGCACCAGAAGUUAUUCUCGGACUUGGAUGGAACUAUCCUUGUGAUUUGUGGAGUGUGGGUUGCAUUCUUGUUGAACUUUGCUCGGGAGAGGCACUCUUUCAAACCCAUGAGAACUUGGAGCAUCUAGCUAUGAUGGAGAGAGUGUUAGGCCCGCUGCCACAGCACAUGGUCAUUAGAGCUGACCAACGUGCUGAGAAGUAUUUCCGUCGAGGACUGCGACUGGAUUGGCCUGAAGGGGCAACGUCAAAUGAAAGCAUGAGAGCAGUUUACAAGUUGCCUCGCCUCCAGAACCUGGUAAUGCAGCAUGUUGAUCAUUCUGCUGGGGAUUUGAUUGAUCUUCUGCAAGGGCUGCUCCGCUAUGAUCCGGCUGAGCGUCUGAAAGCACGAGAGGCCCUUCGACACCCAUUCUUUAUGAGAGAUCGGCGACGAUAUGGUUAUUCUUUUAAGUGAGGGAUUUGGUCUUCAUUUGUUGAUUGAACCAGUGAGAACUGUGAGAAGAUGAGGGUGUGCUAUACCAUUUGAUAGCUGGACCUGAUGACUCACUGCAUGAUGAAUUGUAAAGUUACUGCUGUACAAAGGAACAGUUUUGUAACAUGAAUUUCAUGACUGGAGCAAUGCAAUUUAGAUUCUGCCAUGUUCGUA